GAUUCGUUCGUAGGGCUGAUGGCCCUUACCUGACUCGUGCGGCUAGCGCGGGGCGGCUUGGUUGGGAUCUUACACCAAACCAUCGAACACUUUCCUCUUCGCCAACACCUCUUUUCGCUGUCAAUUUGGCAACGGCGGCUCUUUUGACUAGAGCUUUCGCUCUCUCAUAUAGCACCCCUCACGAUCGUUGGUGAGACUCCAACUCCGUGCCUGGUCAAGGGUUGUUGGUCUGGUUCCUGCCCUACGAUUGCCCUUUCGCAACCUCGCAUCGAUGCGAAGCAUUUGGUUAGUCACGACAAUCGAUAGUGUAUAGAAGAUCACGAUUUCAUCAACUUUCUAUCCCUUCGAUCUGAUCUCUCCGAGCGUCGCGUUCUGGGCCCUUACCCGACGAUCAGAUUGGAAAGUCGCGGCCGAUCAAUGAAGUCUGUCCUCGUCGUGGGUGGCGGCCCGGCCGGCCUCGUUGCCGCCAAAACCCUCCUUCAGUAUGCUGGUGGUACCAAAUACAAGGUCACACUGUUCGAGGCUGCGGAAAGAGCCGGUGGGAUGUGGAGAUCCUCCCCAGGCGAGAACGGAGAGAUCUGUAGCCCGCAUAUGCGAACGAACCUCAGUCGUUUCACGGUCGCGUUUCCAGAUCUUGCAUGGGGAUCUGUCGAUCUUUCGGAUCCUGCUGUUGGAUCGAAACCUUCUGGACCGCCUGCAAUGUUCCCUCAGGCGUGGCAGGUAGGUCGUUACUUGGAGACAUACGCGAAAAAGUUCCUUGCUCCCGGCACGAUCAUCUACAACAGGCGAGUCACCGCUGCAGACUUUAGCGGCGAUCCGGAUGGCUCUUGGAACGUCACUUCGGUGGACCAGACCACGCGGAAAGAAUCACAGGACUCCUUCGAUUAUCUCAUUGUGGCCAGCGGUUUCUUUCACCGUGCUGGGCCCAAGAUACGUCAGACGCAGAUGCAGCAUGGAUCCGGAAAGAGGAUACAGCAUUCUACUCAAUUUCGAGACGUGGCCUCUUUCUCGGAUGACGCAGGAAAGGUGGUUGUGAUUGGUGGCGGGAUCAGUGGCAGCGAGGCAGCUGCCACAGCCGCUUUUCAGAUUUCCAGCGCAAAAUACUCUUCUGGACAGAAGCCCGCAUGGGCAGAAAGCAAAGUCUACCACGUAUUUGACCGACCGUUCUACACGCUUCCUCGAUAUAUACCUCAAGACCCAUACAAUCCAGCCAUUCAAGAUUUCAGUCUAUCUCCCAAGUUUCUCCCGCUGGACCUCGUAUUGUAUAACAUUGGCAGACGAGGCGGCGAUGGCCCGAUCACUGCAUCGAUUGGCCAGGUACCAGCAGAGAAGGCUGAAAAGGGUCACGAGUUCAUCCGGAAUCUAUUGGGGGGCGACCAACGAGCUACUGGGCAUAUGGAGCUGGUCUCAAAACCUGACAAGAUUCAGUAUCCCGCUUUUACGGGUGUGACAGACAUGUAUGCGGAGUUUGUCAGAGACGGUCUAAUUGUGCCUGUGAAUGGACGUGUCGUAAACAUUACACAAGACGCGAGCAAGAACUUCUCAGUAGAGGUAACGGCCCAGGGCCCUUGGGCCAACACAAACGAGAGCACACCACGUUUGGAAGACGUGACUGGUGUUGUCGAAGCGACCGGUUUCCAAUCGCACCUCGAGUACCUCUCUGCCCGUGUCAAGGAAGCACUAGGCUAUGAUCCUGAAAGUCACCGUGUUCCGUUUCUCCUCUCACGCGGCUCGAUCUUCAACGAAAAGGUCCCAAACAUUGCCUUUGUUGGCUUUUACGAAGGCCCUUACUGGGGCGUGAUGAGUAUGCAAGCCAAGAUCGUCGCACAGCGUUGGGGCCACGAGACGUUCCCAAACACAGCGUUGGAGGCGCUAGACACCAGUGCUGCCUUAUCAGUACGACAAGCCAUCAAAGAGAGACAGUUGGAUGUCCCGCAGUUUUGGAUGGCGGAUUACGUGGGUCUUGUGGAGGAAUUCGCGCGGAGUGUGGGCCUGCAGCGUGAUGACUCGACCUUGGGCGAAGGUGGUCCGCUCUUUCCGGCGCGGUACAGAGAUGACACAGAUGAAGGAAGUGAUGCUGCGUUGGUCAUUCGCGAAGUCGCGGACGUUCUUCAGAGGUCAGAGAAAGAAGGGUUGUAUGCCGCCGCAGCGGCCUUUCGGGGCAUGCAAGGCACGUGGCAACUCCACAGGAAGGUUGGCUCGCGCCUUCCUUCGAUGCCGAAUGGACUCUUCGAGGGGACUGCAUCCUUCCAUCCGCGGAACCCCACUGACCCUAUUUACUCGGCUGAGUAUCUGUACGUUGAAGACGGCACGCUUACCAUGGACAACGGUAUGAAGUUCCCAGCCACUCGCCGUUACGCCUACAGAUACCAAGAGAAGAAUGACACCAUUACCGCGUGGUUCGUGGAAGGGGAUGGCGUGACCGUUGGCGACUUCUUCAACAAAUUGGAAUUUUACCAGCCUUCGGAUGUCGAACAUGGCUGGAUGGCCAAGGGCCAUCAUUGGUGCAGUCCUGACACUUACAAGAGCAAUUGCGAGUUCCGCUUCAGGGGCGCUAGCUUGGAAACGUUCGGGAUCACAUACGAGGUGUCUGGGCCCAGAAAAGACUAUAGCCACGAGAGCUGGUACAGCCGCGCGUAUCCGAGCGCUGGCUAAGCAGGACGCGAGAAGUUGGCAGCGACACCGAAUGGUAGCUUGCAAAGAGGUAGCUAGCUGCUGCGCUACCAGGCGAAAGUUUGAACACUGCACUGAUCCUGGGGUAGCACACUGUGCCCAACUUUUGGUCCAAAUAUUGUACAUAUGACAUUGGACAAGUGGGUUCACAGAAAACCGCGCCACUGUCAACGCUACAGAAAGCCAGCGUUCUGGAAUUU